AUCAGUGUUCCAUCUCACCCCUUGCCUUUCUUCUCUCUUUCCAGGGAGAUGGCUCAGCUCAUGCAGUGGCUUUUGAGACAGGAACACUGGCUACCUCCAGGGAUCACCUGGGAGGACAUGCAGAACACUGAGGACAUCCUCUAUCCCCAACCCCAUCACCUCCUCCUCUGCCUCCCCAUUGCUCUCCUGCUGAUCAUGCUUCGGGUCUUGUUUUAUAGGAAAAUUGCCAUCCCCUUGAGCAAAAAACUGGGUUUGCAAGAAAAGGUGAGGAGGAAACCUUCUCCAAACCCAAUCCUGGAAGCUUUUUACACAAAGUGGAGGAAAAAUCCCCAAAAGGAAGAAGUCAGUGGCUUAGCCAAACAGUGCGACCUCCAACCAAGACAGGUAGAGAGGUGGUUCCGAUACAGGCUGAAUCAGAACCAGCCCAGCUUAACCAAGAAAUUCUGUGAAGCCAGCUGGAGAACCGUGCACUCCCUCAUUUUCGUCUUCAUGGGAUUGGCUGUCCUUUAUGAUAAACCCUGGUUCUGGAACAUCCGCGAAUGUUGGGUUGGGUUCCCACUGAAGCCUCUCCAUCCAAGCCUUUAUGUCUACUACCUCAUGCAGUUCUCCUUGUAUUGGUCCUUGGCUAUCUCAAUGCCUUUUGACGUCAAACAGAAGGAUUUUAAUGCAUUGAUUGUCCACCAUGUAAGCGCCAUCUUGCUCACUGGCUUCUCCUAUUGUGUCAAUUUCAUCCCUAUCGGUUCACUUGUCAUGAUUGUACACGAUGCUCCUGAUAUUCUGAUGUAUGCUGCAAAGGUGUUUAACUACCUGGAGUGGCAGAAAACCUGCAACACACUCUUUAUCAUUUUCUCAGUGGUAUUCCUCUUUAAUCGUGCCAUCUUUUUCCCUUACAA